AGCUGUCCCUAAUGUAGUGGGCGAGCGUGUUCCCGCGGAAUGUGUUUGCGUCGCCCACAUGUCGGACAUGGCGGCCCCACUGCGCGCCGCACACGCCUGCAGUCUUUCUUGACGCUCCUGCUCAUCAAGUCACGGACACCAUUUGCCCUGCCCUUGUUUGCUCUGCCCACACUUCCUGUCUCAUUCCACACUGCCUGUCUCAUUCCCACCCAGCCUGUCUCAUUCCCACCCUGCCUGUCUCAUGUCCACGUCGCGCUGACACGGCGGCGGCUGCACAAGUUGGCGUCUGACGCGGGAACGACAUGACGCGGACGAGGGACGCAUGACCGCCGUGACUUCUUCUUCUUCUUCUUCUUCUUAAAGCAUCCCUGCUGGAUUUUUUUUUUUUUUUUUCAAUUUCAUUUUGUUCCCGAGGAUUCCACGCCGGUGUGUUUGCGAUGUGGAUCCUGCGGGGCUUGGCGCGGACUCUGUGGCCGCUGUUGCCGCUUCUGUUGCUGCCGCUUCUGCCGCUGCUGCUCGCGGCUGCCGGCGUGGACGUCAAAGCGCGGAGCUGCGGCGAAGUUCGACAAGCUUAUCACGCCAAAGGAUUCAAUCUCCUCAACGUUCCUCACCAGGAAAUAUCAGGUGAGCACCUGCACGUUUGUCCUCAAGGCUACACCUGCUGCACGUCCGACAUGGAAGACAAACUCCACCAGCAGAGCAAGCUGGAGUUUGAGAAGCUGGUGGAGGAAAGCAGCCACGACAUGAGGGCGACGUUCGUUUCCAGGCACAAAAAGUUUGACGAAUUUUUCUUGGAGCUGCUGGACAAUUCGGAGCGGUCCCUGAGCAGCAUGUUCACAAGGACCUUUGGGAAGCUCUACAUGAAGAACUCGGAGGUGUUCCAGGACCUGUUCACGGAGUUGAAGCGCUACUACACGGGGGGCAACGUCAACCUGGAGGAGAUGCUCAACGACUUCUGGUCCCGGCUGCUGGAGCGCAUGUUCCAGCUGUUGAACUCCCAGUACCACUUCACGGACGAUUACCUGGAAUGCGUCAGCAAAUACUCGGAUCAACUCAAGCCCUUUGGAGACGUGCCCAGGAAACUGAAGGCUCAGGUCACCAGGGCCUUGAUUGCCGCACGGACAUUUGUCCAGGGCCUCAUGGUCGGUCGGGAAGUCGCCAACAGGGUCGCCAGGGUGAACGUGGCUCCUGCAUGUGUCCGAGCCCUGACUAGGAUGCUGUACUGUCCUUACUGUCGCAGCAUGCCUGGACUCAAGCCCUGCCAGAACUACUGCCAGAAUGUCAUGAGGGGCUGCCUGGCUAACCAGGCCGACCUCGACCCUGAAUGGAACGUCUUCAUCGACGCCAUGUUGCUGGUGGCAGAGCGGCUGGAGGGGCCGUUCAGCAUCGAAGCGGUCAUCGAGCCAAUCGACGUCAAGAUCUCGGAAGCCAUCAUGUCCAUGCAGGACAACAGCGGCCUUCUGUCGGCAAAGGUUUUUCAACGCUGCGGACCACCGAAAGCCUUGGGGGCGGGCAGAUCUGCUCGUGGCAUUUCCGACGUAUUCAGCGCUCGUUUCAGACCUUUCCCUCCGGAAGAAAGGCCGACCACAGCCACCGGGACCUUCCUGGAUCGAUUGAGGGGUGUCUGGAGGACAAUGCAACACAGCGUGGUCGACAUCAAAGAGAAGCUGAAGGUGUCCAAGAGGUUCUGGUCCAAUUUGCCGGACGAAGUCUGCGCCGAGGGCAAGUUGACGGAGUCUGACGAGGAUCAGUGUUGGAACAGCCACGCCAAGGCCAGGUAUUUCCCAGAGGUGGUGAAGGAGGGCCUGACCAACCAGGUGAACAACCCGGAGGUGAACCUGGACAUCACUCGGCCCGACACUUUGAUCCGACAGCAAAUCAUGGCCCUGAGAGUGAUGACCAACAAGCUGAGGAACGCAUACAACGGAAACGAUAUCUACUUCCAAGACUCAAGUGACGAAGGCAGCAGUUCCGGCAGUGGCAGCGGUUGCUCCGACGGAUGCACCACGGAAGCUACUAUUCCGGGAUCCGAAGCUCCGGUGAUCGGAGCCGACAGAAGCGACGAACGCACGGCAGUGGCAGGCAAGACGUUCUCUCACAGACCGUCGUCGCUAUUGAUGGCGACCGCCGUGGUGGCGACACUCAGCGCCACUCAGCCCAGAUGGAGAUAAUACACUCCGGCCGGCUGGCCACGGACUUUUCUAUACCGCAGUUUGUUCUACAGCUGCUUCCUCGCCGGACCUGGAGAACCGACCUUGUUGCGAAUGGCCGAACAGUGCUCGUCAUCCCCCAAAGACCGGUGUCCGACAACCGGCUUUCACCCUAUGGAACAAAAAAAUGGCAGUUUCUUACCGUUCCGGAGUGCGUUUGUUUUCAGUGAAUGCAGGUGAAAACUUACCUUUUCAAGGGUUCCACCAGUGAUUUCCCAGAUAACACAGAAACGUGUACCUUUUCUUGGGACGACCCCAUUCAGUUUGUAAUUCCAGAGAAAACAAAAGGCUUACUGUGUGCAUGCAAGGAACUAAAACUCAGAUAUCUAUCCAUCUAUCAUUUCUUCAAUGCAGUUCCGGACUCAAAGGUCGGCUUUCAGUUAGUAAACAAUCUCGGGAUGGUCCGGUUUAUGAAAGAAUCCAAACUUGUUUUUCGGAUACUGUUUUUGGCGGCGGUAGUUACGGCCUACAAAAAAUGGAAUCAACUAUGAAGCGCGGAACUUGUAACUGGAAUGCUUGUCUGGGGAAGCGCGGGCAUUCGGGAUGGGUACAGAAUCCGACAGAAUCCCGGUGCUACGUUACGGUGUCUCGGUUGCCCGUGAUGCCACGGUUUUCGCACUGGCCAACAAAGAAAUUGACUGAAAAGAACGCUCAAACGUAAGUAAAGUAAGGCUCCACCGUUCCAAAGAAGUGCUAGCUUGAUGCUAAUAUACAUUGGCUUCACUAUUGACGUGCUACCGAUUUUUCCGAAGAGAUGUCAACACAUCCAAAUUUGUUAUUAGGAACUACAACUAACAAAAUUACACAUUAUAAACUUUCACUUAGUAAACAAUCUCGGGAUGGUCCGGUUUAUGCAAGAAUCCGAACAGGUUUUUCGGAUACUGUUUUAGGCAGCGGUAGUCACGGCUUAUAAAAAAUGGAAUCUACUACGAAGCGCGGAACUUGUGACUGGAAUGCUUGUCUGGGGAAGCGCGGGCAUUCGGGAUGGGUACAGAAUCCGACAGAAUCCCGGUGCUACGUUACGGUACUCCGGUUUCCCGUGAUGCCACGGUCUUCGCACUGGCCAACAAGGAAAUUGACUGAAAAGAACGCUCAAACGUAAGUAAAGUAAGGCUCCACCCUUCCAAAGAAGUAUUAGCUUGAUGCUAAUAUACAUUGGCUUCACUAUUGACGUGCUACCGAUUUUUCCGAAGAGAUGUCAACACAUCCAAAUUUGCUAUUAAGAACUACAACUAACAAAAUUACACAUUAUAAACUUUCAAUUAGUAAACAAUCUCGGGAUGGUCCGGUUUAUGAAAGAACACAAACACGUUUUUCGGAUACUGUUUUUGGCAGCGGUAGUCACGGCCUACAAAAAAUGGAAUCAACUAUGAAGCGCGGAACUUGUGACUGGAAUGCUUGUCUGGGGAAGCGCGGGCAUUCGGGAUGGGUACAGAAUCCGACCGAAUCCCGGUGCUACGUUACGGUACUCCGGUUGCCCGUGAUGCCUCGGUUUUCGCACUGGCCAACAAAGAAAUUGACUGAAAAGAACGCUCAAACGUAAGUAAAGUAAGGCUCCGCUUUUCCAAAGAAGUCCUAGCUUGAUGCUAACAUACAUUGGCUUCACUAUUGACGUGCUACCGAUUUUUCCGAAGAGAUGUCAACACAUCCAAAUUUGCUAAUAAGAACUACAACUAACAAAAUUACACAUCAUAAACUUUCACUUAGUAAACAAUCUCGGGAUGGUCCGGUUUAUGAAAGAAUCCGAACACGUUUUUCGGAUACUGUUUUUGGCAGAGGUAGUCACGGCUUAUAAAAAAUGGAAUCUACUACGAAGCGCAGAACUUGUGACUGGAAUGCUUGUCUGGGGAAGUGCGGGCAUUCGGGAUGGGUACGGAAUCCGACCGAAUCCCGGUGCUACGUUACGGUACUCCGGUUGCCACGGUCUUCGCACUGGCCAACAAAGAAAUUGACUGAAAAGAACGCUCAAACGUAAGUAAAGUAAGGCUCCGCUUUUCCAAAGAAGUGCUAGCUUGAUGCUAAUAUACAUUGGCUUCACUAUUGACUUGCUCCUGAUUUUUCCGAAGAGAUGUCAACACAUCCAAAUUUGCUAUUAAAAACUACAACUAACAAAAUUACACAUCAUAAACUUUCACUUAGUAAACAAUCUCGGGAUGGUCCGCUUUAUGAAAGAAUCCAAACAGGUUUUUCGGAAAAUGUUUUUGGCAGAGGUAGUCAUGGAGGUAGCCUACAUAAAACCAAAUCUACUACGAAGGGCAGAACUUGUGACUGGAAUGCUUGUCUGGUGAAGCGCAGGCAUUCAGGAUGGGUACAGAAUCCGACUGAGUCCCGGUGCUACGUUACGGUAUCAUCUGACGUCUUGGACUUAGUCAGGUCAUUUUUAAAUGUUCCGAAAAACAGAUUUUUUUCCAUCAAGCGAUGCAAUAUGGCUCCGGUUAAAAGGGACCUUUGACGAUUACAAUCCACAUGUAACGCACUUCCUUUUGGUCUUGAAUAAAUCCGGGUUCCCACUGGAUUCAAACCCCCACAUAAGUAUGUUCGCCAAACUGUGAGGUCCCCCCCAAAAAAUGGACCACGGUCGAAUCAAUCAGAGUUUAUUUAUCCAGCCCCUUAAUCACAAGUGCCUCAGAGGGAUUCACAAACCACGACCACGUCCCCUGAACUGAACCCGUUACUCGGGCAAGGAAAAACUCCAAAAGAGGUUAAAAUAAUUUGCACGAACCCAAUGAUUUGACACUUUGGCAUUGUUAAUAAACACAAGAAUGCAACGCUGUCUAACAGGUGAUGUGUUCAGGCACAUAUGUUACACGUGAAACUUUGGUAACACUUUAGUAUGAGGAACAUAUUCAACAUUAAUUAGUUGCUUAUUAGCAUGCAAAUUAGUAACAUAUUGGCUCUUAAUUAGUCAUUAUUAAGUACUUAUUAAUGCCUUAUUCUGCAAGGCCUUAUUACACAACUUAACCCUAACCCAAAUAACUCUAAAUUAAGUCUUUGUUAGGAGUCUGGUUAGGUGGCUGCAGGAUUAGGUCUCUGCUUUUUGCAGAUGAUGUGGUCCUGAUGGCUUCAUCUGGCCAGGAUCUUCAGCUCUCACUGGAUCGGUUCGCAGCCGAGUGUGAAGCGACUGGGAUGAGAAUCAGCACCUCCAAGUCCGAGUCCAUGGUUCUCUCCCGGAAAAUGGUGGAGUGCCAUCUCCGGGUUGGGGAGGAGACCCUGCCCCAAGUGAAUGAGUUCAAGUACCUAGGAGUCUUGUUCACGAGUGAGGGAAGACUGGACGGUGUGGCGUCUUCAGCAAUGCGGACGCUGUAUCGAUCCGUUGUGGUGAAGAAGGAGCUGAGCCGGAAGGAAAAGCUCUCACUUUACCGGUCGAUCUACGUUCCCAUCCUCACCUAUGGUCAUGAGCUUUGGGUCAUGACUGAAAGGACAAGAUCAAGGGUACAAGCGGCCCAAAUGAGUUUCCUCUGCCGGAGAGGAGCCAGAUGAAAUGGUUCAGGCAGCUGGUCAGGAUGCCACCAGAACGCCUCCCUAGGGAGGUGUUUAGGGCAUGUCCAACCGGUAGGAGGCCACGGGGAAGACCCAGGACACGUUGGGAAGACUAUGUCUCCCGGCUGGCCUGGGAACGCCUCGGGAUCCCCCGGGAAGAGCUGGACGAAGUUGCUGGGGAGAGGGAAGUCUGGGCUUCCCUGCUUAGGCUGCUGCCCCCGCGACCCAACCUCGGAUAAGCGGAAGAAGAUGGAUGAAUGAGUCUUUGUUACGUAGAAUAUGUUCCCCAUACUAAAGUGUUACUGGAACCUUUUAGAAAAUCUUCAAAGCCACCAGUACCUCCAGGAAUUUGCUUGAUUUUUAUUUUUUUGGUGUGAUUGUCGCGGCCUAAUUGACAUCAUUUCGGGGCAGCAUUUUGAGAAAGUGGCUGCAAAAGUUAUUUCAAUGACAUUUCAUCCUCCUCUUUGAAUUUAUGAAUUUUGUAAUUCAUGUUUUAUUGGGGAUUUUUUGUUUUUUUUUAACCUUAACCCCAACCAACACAGGAUUUCAACAAAUCUAGCAAAAUAUGCUUUAUUUGUGUCUUAAAUUGAACAUUUUUGAACACUGAUAGCAAUUAAGAUUUUUUUUUUUAAUGCCUUUUAAUGUUGUUUUUUUAGGUGUUUGUUACAUUAUUAUCUGAUGUCUGCUAUGACUCUUUUUUUUUUUGGAACCGACCGAAUCUCGCCGAAUGACGUAAAAUCCAACGCUGUCACGUCACGUAGACUGCGUGUGACAUUUGGGCAGUCGGCGAUCACUCCAGCAGCACUGAGAGCAGACUCAGCUGAGCUAACUCUUGGCAAUGUUGCAAUUGUUUUGAUAUGUGGUGUGUUUAAGUUAUUUACCCACGGAACUUCUGUUCCUGUUGGAGCUCCGGUCAGACGGGUUCUCACCAGACAAUUGCUGCUCACUCUUGCUGCUUGUUGUCACUUCUUCUGCAGCCGAGUAGUCGCAAGAAGGAUCACUAGCGCCCUCUACCACCAGUCAUUUAAUGACACAUAUUUGACACACGCAGCUAUGGUAUACUAAUAAAACAUAGCAGCUUACUGUUCUUUUUAGCAUAUUCAAUAGCUUGGACCUUAAAUCUUACUGAAUAGCUCUUAAUCUUCUUCCCUUUAUGCGAUUUCAAAUGAUUGAAGUCAGCCUCCUCCAUUUCGAAAAUGAUGACAGGUGAAGUGUCACUCGUGACGUGACGAGUUUGACCCUGUGGAAAUUCUAGACAUGCGCUAAUAAAAAUAAUAUUUUGCGAAACGAGUUUGAAAUGGCGUUAAUCCUGAGGUAAUGCUAAGCAUGCGUAAUUCUAAAUACGUCAUUCUAGUCAGGUGCAUCCUAUGUACCCGGCGGAAAUUCAAGGAAAUACGGUGUGUAUACUUUUGACCCAGCAGAUUUCCUCACAUUUUCAGUAGAACCAAAUUCAUAAAAGAAGUAAAGUUCAUGAAUGUUUUUCUCUGACCAACAAGUUUGUGCUGCAAUCACUCUAUAAGAGUUCUAGAAAUGAUUGGAAACUCAAGACAAGCUUGACAUUAUGUUCUUUACAAGUUUGUAACCUUUUGACCACGACUGUAGAUACCUCUAGGUUGCUGGUAAGAAAACCAAGUUAGCUUCAUCUUUUGACCCCCACCCUUACACGCUACAACAUUUUAUUCAAAAAAGGCGGAAUUUACUUAUUGAAUUUCUGCAGACUCUCACAUGUCUGUGUAAUUCACGGAGAUUGAUUGAAAUUCCCAUGAAUCGACGUGAUCGCCACAUCCCGGAAGGACUGAACAACUGCUUCCUUUAGAAAAUCCUGCCGACCGAGUACACAUUGCACCCCCCGCCAUCGGGUCACAGCCUCAGAACACAAGUCACGUAAGGAGUUAUGGUCUCUGCAAGAUGUCCACAAGGCAGGGAGGUAAUUAAAGAACCGAGGUCGCUACAUAGAACUCCUCGGUCUGUCUCCCACAGGUUUUGACCUCUGAUGUGUUACAGAGGCUGGAGGGUCAGGGACGGAUUCAAGCACCGUGUGAGGUAUGGAGGGGAAGUUGUGGAAAGCCUGAUUCUUGGUAUGUUGGGGGGGUGUGAUAGUCUCUGGGGGCCGUGCGGGUUCUCGCAUUUCACUCAUCAACCUUGAUCACCCCCUUGGAGGUGAGGUGAGGGGAGCAGUGAGCAGCAAAGGCGGCGGCCGGUCUUAUGAAUUUCUUUUAAAAUUUGUGUUCUGGAAAGUCUCGAAGAAAUAAUGAUUGGUCUUUGUUAGAAAUAUAGCUUGGUCCAGUUUGUUAUAAAUUCUAACAAAGUGCAGAUGGGAUUUUAACCUAUUUAAAACAUGUCAUCAAAAAUAUAUAUUUAUUGUGAGAAAUCAUUAAGAUGAUCAGUGUUUCCACAAGGAUAAAUAUCAUUAAUUAUUAAUAAUAACAUAGAGUUAAAGGUAAAUUGAGCAAAUUGGCUAUUUCUGGCAAUCUAUUUAAGUGUGUAUCAAACUGGUAGCCCUUCGCAUUAAUCAGUACCCAAGAAGUAGUUCUUGGUCUCAAAAAGGUUGGUGACCCUUGUUCUGGCAUAAUAUUGUGAAAGUCCAGUCUAUAGUGGAUCUAACAUAAUAGUGAGAGUCCAGUCCAUAGUGGAUCUAACAUAAUAGUGAGAGUCCAGUCCAUAGUGGAUCUAACAUAAUAAUGAGAGUCCAGUCCAUAGUGAGAGUCCAGUCCAUAGUGGGUCUAGCACAUAUUCAUCUUAAUUGCAUUAGCAGCUAUGGGUCUAUUAUUGUACUGUCAGUGGGUGUAUAGACCUGAUCUAUAGGGUUGUGAGUCUUCGGACACCUAACGAUUCGAUCUGAAUCUGAUUCUUAGGGUGACGAUUUGAUUUAGAUUCGAUUCAAUGCAAUUCUCGAUUCAAACUGAUCUUCGCAACGUAUUAUUUGGCAUAAUAAUUGCAAUGAAACUU